GGCGCGCACGGCGGGCGCCCCGCGAGCCGCCCCGAUGUGGCAGGAGGCGAUGCGGCGGCGCCGCUACCUGCGGGACCGCGCCGAGGCGGCGGCGGCAGCGGCGGCGGGCGGCGGCGAGGGGCUGCAGCGGUCCCGGGACUGGCUCUACGAGUCCUACUACUGCAUGAGCCAGCAGCACCCGCUCAUCGUCUUCCUGCUGCUCAUCGUCAUGGGAGCCUGCCUCGCCCUGCUCGCCGUCUUCUUCGCGCUCGGGCUGGAAGUGGAAGACCACGUGGCGUUUUUAAUAACGGUUCCCACUGCCCUGGCCAUCUUCUUUGCCAUAUUCAUUCUUGUCUGCAUUGAGUCUGUGUUUAAGAAGCUGCUCCGUGUGUUCUCGCUGGUGAUUUGGAUAUGUCUGGUUGCCAUGGGAUACCUGUUCAUGUGCUUUGGAGGGACCGUGUCAGCCUGGGACCAGGUGUCAUUCUUCCUCUUCAUCAUCUUUGUGGUGUACACCAUGCUUCCCUUCAACAUGCGAGAUGCCAUCAUUGCCAGCGUCCUCACUUCUUCAUCUCAUACCAUAGUGCUGAGUGUCUACCUGUCUGCAACACCAGGGGCCAAGGAGCAUCUGUUCUGGCAGAUACUGGCCAAUGUGAUCAUUUUCAUCUGUGGGAACUUGGCGGGAGCCUACCAUAAGCACCUCAUGGAACUUGCCCUGCAGCAAACCUAUCGGGACACAUGUAAUUGCAUCAAGUCCCGGAUCAAGCUGGAAUUUGAAAAACGGCAGCAGGAACGGCUUCUGCUUUCCUUGCUGCCAGCUCACAUCGCCAUGGAGAUGAAGGCUGAAAUCAUUCAGAGGCUGCAGGGCCCCAAAGCAGGACAGAUGGAAAACACGAACAACUUCCACAACCUGUAUGUCAAACGACACACCAAUGUGAGCAUAUUAUACGCUGACAUCGUUGGCUUCACUCGCCUUGCAAGCGACUGCUCCCCAGGUGAAUUGGUCCACAUGCUAAAUGAACUCUUCGGGAAGUUUGAUCAGAUUGCAAAGGAGAAUGAAUGCAUGAGAAUUAAAAUUUUAGGAGACUGCUAUUACUGUGUUUCCGGGCUCCCUAUAUCUCUCCCUAACCACGCCAAGAACUGUGUGAAAAUGGGACUGGAUAUGUGCGAAGCCAUAAAGAAAGUGAGGGAUGCUACCGGGGUCGAUAUCAACAUGCGCGUGGGAGUGCAUUCUGGGAACGUUCUCUGUGGUGUGAUUGGUCUCCAGAAGUGGCAAUAUGACGUGUGGUCUCAUGACGUGACUUUGGCCAACCACAUGGAAGCUGGCGGAGUCCCUGGACGUGUUCACAUUUCUUCAGUCACUCUGGAGCACUUGAAUGGGGCUUAUAAAGUGGAGGAAGGAGAUGGUGAGAUAAGAGACCCAUAUUUAAAGCAGCACUUGGUGAAAACCUACUUUGUAAUCAACCCCAAGGGAGAGCGACGGAGUCCCCAGCAUCUCUUCAGACCUCGACACACCCUCGAUGGAGCCAAGAUGAGAGCAUCCGUCCGCAUGACCCGGUACUUGGAGUCCUGGGGAGCAGCCAAGCCAUUCGCACAUCUGCACCACAGAGAUAGCAUGACCACUGAGAACGGCAAGAUCAGCACCACGGAUGUGCCAAUGGGUCAACAUAAUUUUCAAAAUCGCACCUUAAGAACUAAGUCACAGAAGAAGCGAUUCGAAGAAGAACUGAAUGAAAGGAUGAUCCAGGCAAUUGACGGCAUCAACGCACAGAAGCAAUGGCUCAAGUCAGAAGACAUUCAAAGAAUCUCCCUGCUUUUCUACAACAAGAAUAUCGAAAAGGAGUACCGAGCCACUGCUCUGCCAGCAUUCAAGUACUACGUGACGUGUGCCUGCCUCAUCUUUCUCUGCAUCUUCCUUGUGCAGAUUCUUGUGCUGCCCAAGUCUCCACCCAUGAACAGGAAGAGGUUUCAGCCUUCUGACAAGGGAAAAUGGAGAUCGCUGAUGGGCAUCAACCGAGUACUGUUUUUCCUGAGCAACUCUGCGGAGACAACCCUUCCGACUGCCAAUACAUCAAAUGCAAACGUUUCUGUCCCAGAUAACCAGGCAGCGAUUCUUCAUGCACGAAACUUGUUUUUCCUCCCGUACUUCAUAUACAGCUGCAUCCUGGGCUUGAUCUCCUGCUCCGUUUUCCUGAGGGUGAACUACGAGUUGAAAAUGUUAAUCAUGAUGGUGGCACUUGUGGGCUACAACACCAUUCUGCUCCACACUCAUGCCCAUGUCCUGGAUGCGUACAGCCAGGUCCUGUUUCAGAGACCAGGCAUUUGGAAAGACCUGAAGACCAUGGGCUCCGUGUCCCUCUCUAUAUUCUUCAUCACGCUACUCGUUCUGGGUAGACAGAGUGAAUAUUACUGUAGGUUAGACUUCUUAUGGAAGAACAAGUUCAAAAAAGAGCGGGAGGAGAUAGAAACCAUGGAGAACCUAAACCGGGUGCUGCUGGAGAACGUACUUCCUGCACACGUGGCUGAACACUUCCUGGCCAGGAGCCUGAAAAAUGAGGAACUGUACCACCAGUCCUAUGACUGUGUCUGCGUCAUGUUCGCCUCCAUUCCGGACUUCAAGGAAUUCUACACAGAGUCCGACGUGAAUAAGGAAGGCUUGGAAUGCCUCCGGCUCCUGAAUGAGAUCAUUGCUGACUUUGAUGAUCUGCUUUCCAAGCCAAAGUUCAGUGGUGUUGAAAAGAUCAAGACCAUUGGUAGCACAUACAUGGCGGCCACGGGUCUGAGUGCUGUACCCAGCCAGGAGCAUGCCCAGGAACCUGAGCGUCAGUACAUGCACAUUGGCACCAUGGUGGAGUUUGCAUAUGCCCUGGUGGGAAAACUGGACGCCAUCAAUAAGCACUCCUUCAACGACUUCAAACUGCGAGUGGGUAUCAACCAUGGACCUGUAAUAGCCGGUGUCAUAGGGGCUCAGAAGCCACAAUAUGACAUCUGGGGCAACACUGUCAACGUCGCCAGCAGGAUGGACAGCACUGGGGUCCUGGACAAAAUACAGGUGACUGAGGAGACAAGCCUCAUCCUGCAGACGCUUGGCUACACGUGUACAUGUCGAGGUAUCAUCAAUGUGAAGGGGAAAGGGGACCUGAAGACGUACUUUGUAAACACCGAGAUGUCAAGGUCCCUUUCUCAAAGCAACUUGGCAUCCUGAAAAGCUGCCUCUUCCUGACAAGAAGAGUGUACUUGCAGGAAGCUACCACGCACUUUCUGACUGCAGCCCUUGCCCUUCGUCUUGAUGUACGUGCUCUGUCCCAUCCUCUGGAGCCCUUUGCAGACUAGUUCCUGUGACCCAGUGGCAUACUGUUUGGUGUCUGUGUGUGCCCAGAUUGUCCUGCCACUUGCACUGUGCUUGCUCCUAAGCAGAAGGAGAAGGAACCAUGUCCUGGAAGGAGAACAUUGAAGGAAGUGAUGGAGGAAGUGGUGAAGUGAACACACAUUCUUAAGGCAAUAAAACUGGGGGGUGUAUAUUAUCUUCUGGUGCAUGUUCUUCUCUGGAAAAUACGGUAGCUCGUAACUGCAUCCCUAGUCUGAUAUUCAAACACACAGUAUUUGUGAAUAAGCUGAUCCCGUCACCCAACAUGGAGUCUGUGCUCACCCACCUGUGUGUCUCAUUGCCAGUGAUCAUCCAUGGGCCUCAGCUGAGACUCAAGGCUUUUGUCACCUUGCUGUCUUGUCUUGUGGCAGCGGCACAUUGCCAUCCAUCACCAAAAGUAGUCCUCACAGCCUAGGACCAGUUUUGUACCAAACUCGUCUGAUGUUUUGAUGCCAUUUGUCUUUUUGUAAGAUUAAUUCAUUAAAAGUUUUAUGUACUUUGGUUUUUA